AUGAAAUUGGUUGAUAUUUUAUUCGUACUGACUGCAGCAGCAACCGUUAAUGCAAUACUGAUACCGGCUGAUAACGAUGGUUCACCACAAGCAUCAAGCACUUUCAAUCAAGUAUCUGAUCCAACCAAUGAACCUAAUCCAGAGAUUCCUGUCCAAGACUGGCAAAGUAUAAUUGAUGCAAUUAAUUCAAGCAUUUUCGACGAAAACUGGCAAAAUAUAUUUGAUCCGAUUGAUCCAAGUACUUCUGAUAAAGACUGGCAGAAUGUAGUAGAUCAACCCAGUUCAAGCACUUCCAGUCAAGUAUCUGAUCCAACUGAUCAAGUCGGUUCAAGCAAUUUUGACAAAGACCAACAACCAGCUGAUCAACCCAGUUCAGGUAUUCCCGAUCAAACUCAGCAACAGCCGAUUGAUCAGCCUAGUCCAAGUACUUCCAAACGAAGUCGGAAGCGGCCAAUCAAUGAAAUCAGUUCAGGCACUUCCAAACGAGGCCGGAAACAACCAAUCGAUAAAACCAGUUCAGGCACUCCAAAACAAAGUCGGAAACGGCCAAUGGGACAAGGCGAGUCCGCCAAUACUGUUACAAAUCAAGUGAUUGUAUUAAGUCAGAAAUAUCAGAGAACCUUUGAUCGCAUGAAGAAAAGACUUGUAGAGUCUAAAGAAAUACGAGACGAAAAAUGGCAAGAAUGUCGUGAAUAUGCAGCCCUCAGAUUCGAACAAUGGUCAGGGUUAGAAAGGGGAGAAGAAAUAUCUGGAUCAAGAUACGAUCCAGACACUGAAAAGAAAUUGAAACACGAGUAUGAACAGGCAGGGAAUAGAGUACGCAAUGUCAGACAUAAAUUGAAAGCGUUUAUGAAAAAGCAUGGCUUAGAAUUUGAAGAACUGGGUUUGGAUUUGAAUUGA